CACUCAGUUAGCGAAAUUUUACAGGCAGCCAAAAGACGCCAGGAAGAGGAGGAUAAGGCGAAGCUGGAAAGUUAUGAAGAAAGGAGAAAGAAGGAAAGAGAGGCUGAAGAAGAGGAGUUGAGAAAAUUGAAAGAGAAACAGGAACGCCGAAGGCUGGAGCGUGAGCAGGAAGAGCUGGAAAUGGCGGAGAAAAGACGUAAGGAUGAUGAACGCCGAAAAGAGGAAGAGGUUAACCCACAGACUUCGAAGUUUAUGUUGUUGAAGGCAUCUCUAGCACCCAUCGAUUUUAUUGAUUUUCAACGGUAUAUUUCUUCUAGAAACUUCGUUAUUCCAACGAGGACCGAAAAGAACGACAAAUUCGGUAAUAUUGUCCAAGCAAAACAGGAAAUGGGUAUGACCAAAGAACAACAGGAAGAGGCCAAGAAGGUGUUCAUGAUCGGUAUUCGUCAAUCGAUUCCGGAGGCAUCCUCAAUUGCAGCGGAAGAUCUGAAAGCAAAAAUCAAGGAACUUCAUCAAAGGAUUUGCAAGUUGGAAACUAGCAAAUACGAUUUGGAGAAACGUCAUGAGCGACAAGAGUAUGAUCUGAAAGAAUUGAACGAACGAUCACGACAAGUGGCUAGAAAUGCUAGUGGAGGCAAGAAGGGCGAGCAAGACGGUGAUGGACGCUAUCCGCCAAAAGUACAAGUAUUCUCCAAGUAUGACCGACAAAUCGAUCGACGAAACUUCAAAGAAAGACGAUCGGUUUAUGAGAACAAGAACGCCUAUCCCUGCUUCCCUGGCGUACCACCACCACCAGCCCUCUUCGAGAAGAUAUUCAAGAAAUAUGAGUAUGAACUCAGAGAGGAAGAAGAGGUAUGA